AUGAAUAAUCGUCUUACUGUCAAUGAUGAAGGUGUUCAGCGCAUGAUUGACAACAAUUCAGCUAUGUAUUAUAGUAACCAAAUGAUCAUUCCUCAAAAUAUGACGCAUCGACCUGUGAACACUAUUAAGGCAUAUUCAACCAAGCAAGAAGAGUGGAAGAAAUGGUGCCUUGAACAAAGGUUUGGUGAUGGAAAGAUUGCCACUGACCAAAAGCUUAUCUAUUUCCUUGCAGAAUAUGUCAUGAAGCGAGGUCGAAAGCUUAGAAGAAAUACAGAUGGGGUCCUAUUGCUCUAG